AUGAAAUCGUGUCCAAAUCAUAGCUGCAGUCGACGUGUCCAUCCUUCCUUCGCGGAGCCAAGAGAAAUCGGGAAGCGACCCUGCGUCGGGAUGUCGGUGUUUAAUCCGAGCCGACCGUGGCCUUCAGUUCGCGUCAAUCAUCAUGACAGAUGGACUGUCAGCGACGCGUCGCAGUCAAGUGCGCGACGAUUAUCAAAUUGCGCCCCCCGUCCGCAACGAUGCUCUUUCCACUAUCACGGCCGCUCUAUCCGGACGGCCUCGGGUGCAUCCCGCGCGCGCCCGUUGGGCGGGAAAACGCUGCGAAUCGAAGGUGAAAGCGUGAAAAGCGACGAAACAAAAACAGACUUCAUAACGAUGGCUGUUAAUUCAUUGACAACUAAACUCCACGCAGUUUUAUGCGAUGAAAAAAAGCAGAUGAACAGG